UUAACAAUGAUGUUAAAGGUAUUAUUGUUAGCGUAUGUGGCAACGGCUGUUCAGGCCGGAGGGCUGAUUGCACCUGCCAGUUAUUACGGUUCUUAUGCCUAUGGCGGCUGGAAUCCUUACAGCUCAUAUCCAGCUCAACCGGCUAUUGCUACACAACAUUCUAAUAUAUUGAGAUCACCGUUUAACUUGGGGCAGGUGUCGACCUACACCAAGGCCGUAGAUACUCCAUUUUCGAGUGUGCGCAAAGCGGAUGUACGUGUAAGCAAUCCGGGCAUCGCUAUCGCUCCAACUUACCACGGCAUAGCUUCACCCUUAGUUGGCGCACCACUACCAGCACCUAGAGUGACGACUGGUCUUUUGGGCGUGGCUUUCUCUGCUGCACCUGCUGUUUCACACAUGACAUAUACCAAUGGACUUGGCCUGGCUUACGGAUGGUAAUUAAUCAUGCAAAA